UGGACUUUGCGCUCGGUUGGGCACUUUGUAAACUUCCCCGGCAGCUCUGCACCGGCGUCGCAAGGCCUUUUGCGAGAGGAUUUGGGAAUGCCAGGAGGGAAGAAGGUGAUCGGGGGCAGCAGUGGUGCUGUCCCCACUGCCACUGCUGCCCCCUCUGGGGUCAGGCGUUUGGAGACCAGCGAAGGGGCCUCAGCCCAGAGAGAUGAUGAGCCAGAAGAAGAAGGGGAAGAGGACCUGCGAGAUGGAGGCAUCCCCUUCUUUGUCAAUCGGGGUGGACUCCCUGUGGAUGAGGCCACUUGGGAAAGGAUGUGGAAGCAUGUGGCCAAGAUCCACCCUGAUGGGGAGAAGGUGGCUCAGCGGAUCCGUGGGGCCACGGACCUGCCCAAGAUUCCCAUACCGAGUGUGCCUACGUUCCAGCCCUCUACGCCUGUCCCCGAGCGUCUGGAAGCCGUGCAGCGCUACAUCAGGGAGCUGCAGUACAAUCACACGGGGACACAGUUCUUUGAAAUUAAGAAGAGCAGACCUCUGACAGGGCUGAUGGACCUGGCCAAGGAAAUGACCAAAGAGGCUCUGCCAAUCAAAUGCCUGGAAGCUGUGAUCCUGGGAAUUUACCUCACCAACAGCAUGCCCACCCUGGAACGCUUCCCCAUCAGCUUCAAGACCUACUUCUCAGGGAACUACUUCCGCCACAUCGUGCUGGGGGUGAACUUCGGGGGCCGCUACGGGGCGCUGGGCAUGAGCCGGCGCGAGGACCUGAUGUACAAGCCGCCGGCCUUCCGCACGCUCAGCGAGCUUGUGCUGGACUACGAGGCCGCCUACAGCCGCUGCUGGCACGUGCUGAAGAAGGUGAAGCUGGGCCAGUGCGUGUCCCACGACCCGCACAGCGUGGAGCAGAUCGAGUGGAAGCACUCGGUCCUGGAUGUGGAGAAGCUGGGCCGCGAGGACCUCCGCAAGGAGCUGGAGCGGCACGCCCGCGACAUGCGGCUCAAGAUUGGCAAAGGGGCCGGCCCUCCCUCCCCUACCAAGGACCGGAAGAAGGAUGUAUCCUCCCCGCAGCGGGGCCAGUCCAGCCCCCACCGAAGGAACAGCCGCAGCGAAAGGCGGCCUUCUGGUGAGAAGAAGCCUUCGGAGCCCAAAGCCAUGCCAGACCUCAAUGGGUACCAGAUCCGGGUGUGAGGCAGGUGGCAGCACCCCAGCCUCACCCACUUCUAGGGGCCAGGAUCCACCUGCCAGAACCAGCCUCACCCCUGGGGAACGUGGGGCUGACUAUGGGGUGGCACGAGGGGCAGCAGGAAGAGCUCAUCCCAGCUCAGCCACCCAAGCUGCUGCCCCUGCCGCUGGGCCAAGCCCCCUAACUUUGGACCAAGAAGCAGUUAAGGGUUCAAGUUUGAGUUUUUAACUCAACAGCUGAAAUUUAAGGUAUUUGGAAAAAACUUAAAACUAAUGGAUCUGCCAGGGGCUGGAAGGCCAGUGCUUAUAAGAUCUGAGUGCCGCAGCGCUGGGUAGGGAGGGGUUGCUGGCUCUGCUGGUACCCCUGUCCCUGAGGUCUCUCUGGGAUUUGGGUCCAUCCUGUCUACGGGAGACCUCCCAGCCCUGCCAGGCCUGUGGCGGGACAGGGGGGGAGGGAUGGAGGUGUUUCUCCAGUCCUGCCUGUCCUGGCAGAAUCUUGACCCAGGGAAAGGAAAGCAGGGUAGGAACCAUCCCGGGAAAGGUCCGUGUGGGCCAUAUCAGGCGCAUGGCACAGGCCACAUCUGCCCCAAGAGCCAGAGAGCGUGACCCAGGAGGGCCCUUCUGCCCUUGCAGCCUCACGGACAGUGCUGUGUGGGCUGACACUGCCUAGUGGCAGGGCCCAUGCUGGGGUGGGCUGUAUGACAGCCCCGGAGACAACCACUCCGGGGCGAGGCGGGGGGGAGAGUUCCUGGGCCUUUACCUGGUCUUCUUACUCAGCCCAGCUCUGCCUCUUGCUGAAGCAGGGCCUCCUUGUAGAGGGGCUGGGCUUUGCCAAGAGCCCAGAGGUGCACUGGGCUCAGCAUGACUGUGGGGGGUUGAACAGACCUAGGGGGUCCAGGAACCAUGGCUGGGGAUGGGGUGGGACUGUCCCCCUGGUAGGUAGUCCCCAGGGGUGGGCACUGCUGCUCCCCCUUCCUGCUGCCUUAGCCCUUGCUGGAGAAACGACAACCAGACCAGGAUCCCUGUGUCCCAGGCCCACCUCCCCUUGUGUAGCAUCCCAGGGCUGGACGGCCCGCGGGUGAUCAGGCCUGUUACAUGUGGUGGCUCAUCAGGGAGGAACCUGAACAGCUCGAGGGUGCACAGCCUGCCUGGCGGGCAAGUGAGAAGUGGUAGAGAGAGGCUGGCGGGGUUGGGGGAAGGUUCUGGAGGCUCAAGCCACAAAGCAGCGUAGGUCAGGAGGGCAGUGUGGCCACCAAGGAGAGACACAGCGUAAGAACUGGGGAGGCGUACGUGAGAGAGAAUGUGGGGGAGAGUUUAGAAGAUCAGGCUGCCUUGAGGAGUGGCGAGUUCCCUAUUGCUGGAGGUAUUCAAGCGAAGACUAGAUGGCUACUUGUCAGGAAGCUAUAGAGAGGAUGCAGGUUAUGGAAGGAUAGCUGUUUGAGAUGGCCACUGUGGUUUCUUCAUGCUGAGAGGCUAUGAUUCAGCCAGGGGCAGCUGUCCGUAGGGAUGCAGAGGGGGUGGGGUUGAGGGGGCUGGAAAAGGGAGGAUGAGAACCAGAAGCGUAAACUCAGAUGCCUCCAGGACCAGGCAGGUGAUUGAAAGGAGAGCUGCAGGGCUGGGUGGGGAUAGUGGCAAACUAAAGACAUACCCCAUUAAAACACCCACUGCCGCUGCUGCUCAGCUGUUCUCAGAGUACAGGGUCUGCAUUACCAGCUUGUCUGAUUUCUUUUCAAAGGUCAGAACUCUGAAUUUUUACAUGAAAUGUGCUGAUCUUUAAAUGUUGGCAAUCCAUUCAGAAAACGGGAAAGAUUGACAGUGUGUAAUCUUGGAAGUCGAGGGCACUUAUGCUGGGGAGAGGUCCACUGAGACACGUGGAGGUGGAAGGUUCUAGGCUUCCUGGAGCAGGCUGGGCCAGGGCAGGGGCCUCACUGCUGACGCUGCUCCCAGAGUGGGCAGCGGCCCCUGGCUCAUCCCCUCUCUCCCUGCAGACCAGAGUCCCGCCAGGCACUCCCGGAGGUUGCUCUGUCACCAGAGGGGGUGGAGUGGAAGAGAGAGAGUGCAGUUCUCAGCCGGCCAGGGAGAUGCACGGUGCCGCGAAGCAGAGGGAGGGAGACAGGAUGCGUUUACCGAUGCGAGUCCCUGUCAGGAGGCCCCAGGGCUCGCAGCUCUUCAAACCAGCAGCUCUUGGCCCAGAGCCAGGCCUAGCAGGGACGCCAGCUAGUCAUUCCCUUGGGUUUCUCAUAGGUCACUGGGCCCUAGGGAGAUGCCUAACCUGCCCCCUGGGCUACACCCCAGCCAGACCAUUCUGAGGGCCGUCAUGACCCUUAACUCACCAUCCCAUCCAUCCCAGUUUUCAGGGAAAGGGGUGGUGGGUCCCCACAUUCGCCUGAGGCAGAGAUGGAUCCCUUUGGGAGGCAUGAGACUGAAAACGAGACCUUUUGUGGGUCUGGAUGUGGGUGCCUCGUGCAGGCUACUCACCAUCCCAUCCAUCCCAGUUUUCAGGGAAAGGGGUGGUGGGUCCCCACAUUCGCCUGAGGCAGAGAUGGAUCCCUUUGGGAGGCAUGAGACUGAAAACGAGACCUUUUGUGGGUCUGGAUGUGGGUGCCUCGUGCAGGCUCCUCACCAGCAGACCCCAGAUGCCCCUGUGGACCACAAGACUUGAGGGUGAGAUGCGAGAGGGAGCUGGGGUCAGGGAGACGUGGGGAAGCUGCUCUUGGUACCAGUGCCCAGCAGGACACUGUGACCUACAGGCUCUUUCCUGAGCGGUCUGGGGAGAAGGAAGCAGAAUGAGCCCCAACCCCUACUGCUGCCCCCCAGGGGGGGACCCGCCACCUCCAGCUGAUGACUCCCUAGAACUCCUCCUUCCUAGCUGAGACCUCGGGCCUGUGGACACCCACAGGGUACAGCGGUGCUUUUUAAUUUAUUUUUAACUCUUUCACAUAUGUAGCAAGCCCUCCUCCCCUUCUGGGCAUGUUUACACAGGCUCUGCUCCCCGGGGCUGGCCUGGCUGCAGAUUCCGGGGAGGCAGAGGCAGGGACUUUGGGGCCUUAGUCACCAUCCUCAGUAUCACCUCAUCUCACUUCCUGUGAGGGACUGGGCCUGGCUGCUCCUGACUCAGGACUGCCUUCCAGCACGCAGAGUGGGCUCCUCUGCCCCGGGGGGCAGGGGCUGCUGGCUGAGGAGGGGGAAAGGGGAGGGGACAAAGCUGCUGGAUGAAGGUGGGUCAGCAUGGGGGUGACUGCUCCCCAAAGCCUUGCUCUGUGCUGACUGCCAGGUCAGAGCACUGGGAAACUGCGUUUCGAGCCUUCCCGCCUGCCUGCUGGCCGGUCCUCUCCCUCAUGUGGCUUCAGCACAGUCCCAUUCCCCUCGCCCAUGCCACCAGCCACCCCACCCUUCCUGGACAUGGCCAUGCGGGGAGAGCAGCAUCCCCAGCCCCUGGGCUGUGACGAUGAAGCCUCAGGCCGGGGUUCUGAGGAGCAGAAAGAGCCCAGAGGUUGGCCAUGGCUGGUUUCUCGCCCUCUCUGUCAUCUCACGCCACCCCCCCCCACCAGCCCUUCCAGCUUGGACCUGACUUUGGGCCCUGAGACGAGGUCUAAUUCUGGCCGGUAGCGUGUCCAGAGGCCUGUGCGCCUGAGUCUUCUGCCCGGGUUGUCUUGGGCUCAGCUGCAGCAGCAUCCUCAGGCCCACCGGCUGGUCUCAGAACACGGGUGGCAGCUGGACCCAGGAUAUUGAGCGCAUUCUUUGUGCCGGAGGCUGGCUGUGUUGAAGUCCCCACUCCCCCAUUCACUGAGAAACCAAGAAACCAGUGUGGAGGGUAGGGCGGUCCUCUGGAGGAGCGUGGGGUGGGGGGCCAGGCGGGGCCACUGUGGUGCUUGCUGCAAGUCCGCCACUAUUGACCCCCCCACCCCAGCCCAUCUGGGUAGUCCAGAGUCCCAAGUUCCCCUUUUUCUUCAAGUCUGGCGAGAAGAAUUUCGGCGCACUUGGCCUGGGUGCCUGGUGGUGGACACCCUGCCCUUAGGCUCUGUGUCCAGCUGCCCUGUUGUCCUGGACCUGAUUCCUCCUCUUGUCAUGUCAGUAUUGCCCCCUCCCUCUUACUUUUACACGUGGUCUCAUUCCUGCUCUCACUCUUUCCUUGAAAUGAAUAAAGUCUCCCCAGCUCGGCUGUGUGGGCUGCGUGGAAACCACA